UAUCGCAAAUGUUGAAACUUGAAAUGUGAAAUAAGUAGAUGAAACAAAUAAUUAUUAAUUAUAGUGAUAAUUAUGUUAAGUUAAUUUAAAAAUGUAAAAAAAUAAAAAUUAUUUGCUUCAAAUUUGAACACUGAGGUAAUUCUGAAGUAACACAAGAAUAAAUAAACUACAAAAUGUUAUUAAGAAACAUAGUAUAAAUUGUAAUAUUAUGUGGAGCAAUAGUAAGAGAUUAUUUAAUGGUUUUAAUGUAAAUACAAUUAUUUGUGUAGCUUACAAAAGCCAUUAUGAAGUGCUUAAUAUCUCUAAAUCUGCCACACAUAAAGAAAUAAAAGAUGCUUAUUAUCGACUAUCAAUGAUAUAUCAUCCAGAUAAAAAUAAAGGAAGUGAAGAAGCUGCAAAAAAUUUCCGUGAUAUAACUUCAGCAUAUGAAAUCUUGGGAAAUGUCCGUCAAAGAAAAUUAUAUGAUAGUGGAGCUAACCUAAAUCAAAAUUCUUCUCCAUUUAAUACUAAACAAAAACCUUUUGAAACAAUGCAUACAAAAAAUGAUAUUUAUAAAACUAAUAACCGUGGCAGAGAUUAUAAUUUUGAAGAUUGGUCUAAGGCUCAUUAUACAAAUGUGUUUAAGCGACACUAUGAAACUCGAGAAAAACAUACAAGAAAUAAAUUGAAUGAUGAAUAUGCAGCACGACAAAAUUCAUAUAAUUUAUUGACAGUUAUGGUUUUUACAAGUGUUUUUGUUUUGAUUACAAUGUUUGAACAUGUGAAAAAAAUACUAAUUGAACGUGAAAGAGUAAGAAAAGUUUCUGAAAAAAAUAUACAAGAUGAUUAACAUUAAUAAUUUAUUUUAAAUUGCAAAUAGUUUUUUAAUUAGGUAGUUUAUUAAAAAAUGUAUACAGAUAUUUAUAUUGUUAUGUGAUUAUUUUGAGUCUUAAUUAAUUGAUGUGUAUCUUACCUCACAACGGACACCUAUUUCAGAUUAAUAUCAAUCAGCAAAUAAAAUGAUAAAUAGUAAAUUCUUAAUAUAAUGUAUUAUGUUGUAUCGUGUAUAAUUGUAAAUGUUGAGCUAUCAUAGUAUAUACUAAUAGCUAAUAAAAAAAAAAAUUCUUUAUAUUUUCAUGCUUUUAGGACAUUCAUCUGAUUUAAGAAAUUAUGUAUUCACUAUAAUAUCUCUUAUAUUUUAUAAGAUUUUGUAAAUCACAGAACUAGUUAAUACAAUUUCUUUAGGAUAAAAUUA